ACCAAUCAUAAUCCAACGGUUGAAAACACGUGUCACGUCCGUAUGAACGUACACCAACCAGAGCAUGCAUGAAAAAAAGAAGGAAAAUAAUUGUGCUUUCUUUUAUAUUUUAAAAAAAGCGCAUGCCUGCAUUUUCCCAGAAAAUCCCACAGUUUUCGCAUCAACCGAGAAAAAUAAAAUUUCUUUCCUUUCUUUUUCUUCAACAACAACAAUAAAGACUCCAAAGAAACUCGACCUUGAUAGUUAGAUGGCUCUCCACCAUAAAAACAAAUAAAACAACAAGAAGAAGAAGCUUUCUCGCUCUCGCUUUAACCACAAUUUCUUUUCUCUAUCUCUUUCUCCUUCUCUUUAUCUUUCUUUCUCUCCAAACAUACCGUUUACCACUCUCACUCUCUAGAAAUCUCUCUGGGUGGAUCUUUCAGUUCCAAAGGUUCGUAUAUAACUUUGUAAUCAAUUCUCUCUCUUCUCUCGGAAUAAUGAGAUUCAGAUUCAUCAUCUAAAAUUAUUUAUCUUUCUUUUCCUCAUCUCCUUUUUGCUUUUUUUUUUUGGAUUGAUAUUUGUGAAAUUUGUUUCUUUUUUUUUUUUUUUUUAAAAUUUGGGAGCGAAAUGUUGGCGAUUGAAAAAUGUUUCUCCUUUUCACGAUUCUUGGAGAAUCCGUUUCGCUGCUUUGCUUUUCGAUCUAAGCGCGUUUCUUUCUCCCCCAGAUCUAUCAACAAAAUCUAGGGUUAGAGUUUCCUUCUUUCCUUCUAACAAUGUUUGAUUGAUUUAUCAAAUCGGUUCCUGGACAAUGUGGCUGUUUUGAAUUUAAGACUCCUCUGGUCCUCAAUUUAAAUUCUCCUAUUGUUUUUGAAUUUUAUCCCUCUAAAAUUCUACAAUGUUAAGGCAAUUCCUCAGUAAACUCCCACGAAAAUCCGGGAAAUCGGACUUUCCUGAGCUAGCUCGGUCAAACUCAUGCACGACAGCCGGGUCACAAAUUCACGGAUCCAACAGUUUGAACUCGGGCUCUGCCCGCCCCUGCGCUACAAAACGGACAUCCUCAGCCGUUUUUCCGGCGAGCGUUGUGGCGGGAAUUGAACCUUUGUUGCCCUUCAAAGACGUCCCGAAUUCAGAAAAGAUGAACCUUUUUGUGAGUAAAGUUAGCCUUUGUUGUGUAACUUUCGAUUUCAGUGACCCAACUAAAAAUUCAAUUGAAAAAGAUGUUAAAAAGCAAACCUUGCUUGAGUUGUUGGAUUUUGUGGCUUCUGGGUCUGUUAGAUUUAGCGAACCUGCGAUGUUAGCUAUGUGUAGGAUGUGUGCUGUGAAUUUGUUUAGAGUUUUCCCGCCUAAUUAUCAGUCUAGUGUAAGUAAUGGUUGUGAAAAUGAUGAUGAUGAGCCGAUGUUCGAUGCAGCUUGGCCACAUUUGCAAAUUGUUUAUGAUUUGCUGCUUAAGUUUAUCACUUCUUCGAGUCUCGAUGCGAAAGUAGCUAAAAAGUAUAUAGAUCAUUCCUUUAUUUUGAGAUUGCUUGACUUGUCUGAUUCUGAGGAUCCGAGGGAAAGGGAGUGUUUGAAGACUAUACUGCAUAGGGUGUAUGGGAAGUUUAUGGUUCAUAGGCCAUUUAUUCGGAAGGCUAUAAGCAAUAUAUUCUAUCGGUUUGUUUUUGAGAUGGAGAGACAUAAUGGAAUCGCGGAGUUGUUGGAGAUUUUUGGGAGUAUAAUCAGCGGAUUUGCUCUGCCUUUGAAGGAGGAGCAUAAGAUCUUCUUGUGGAGGGUUUUGAUUCCUCUGCACAAGCCAAAAACUUUGGGGGUUUACUUUCAACAACUGUGUUAUUGUGUUACUCAGUUCAUUGAAAAGGAGCCAAAGUUGUCCAGUUCAGUGAUAAGGGGUUUGUUGAAGUACUGGCCCAUAACAAACAGCCAGAAGGAGGUGAUGUUUCUUGGUGAGUUGGAAGAGAUUUUGGAAGCAAUUAACAUGAUGGAAUUCCAAAAGGUUAUGGUCCCAUUGUUCUGGAGGAUUCGCUGUUGCGUUAACAGUUUCCACUUCCAGGUGGCUGAAAGGGCACUUUUCUUUUGGAACAACGAUCAAAUUGUUAAUUUAAUUGCACAUAACCGGCAUGUGAUUUUGCCCAUCAUACUUCCAGCCUUGGAAAAGAAUGCCCAGAACCAUUGGAAUCAGUCGGUGGUCAACUUAACUUUAAAUGUCAGAAAGUUGUUCAUGGAGAUGGAUGAUGGACUGUUCAUUUCUUGCCAUACUCACUUUAAGGAGGAAGAGGCAAAGCUAAGCAUAUUAGCUGAGAAACGGAAGGAAGCAUGGGGGCGACUAGAAAAUGCAGCCAGUCUCCAGCCAAUAACUGGAAACACUGCUGUUCUGGUAACUCCUUUGGCAACCUCAAUCCCCGGCUAAAUUGCCUUCAUGAACUGUUGUUGCCAUGAGCUUUUUGAUUUUUCCUUUUUUUUCCUACCUUUUAUAAUGAUGGGAAAUGUAUGCAAAAUGGCUGCUAUUAGGGUGGUGGUGGGAUUGAUUUUUGGAUUUUCCAUUGGCAGCCCUUUCCGUGUAACUUGUUCUAUGUAUUCUCCGAUGCAACUGUGUGGGAUGGUAAUUGGUUCCUUGGAAAGAUCAUGUGAAGGGCCAUGCAGUGGAUUAUACAAAGUUUAUGUAAUAUCUAAUUUUGUUGAUUCUCUCUCUUUCUCUCUCUCUUAACUGUCAUAGAUCAAGGUGGUUGAUUUUUUUUUUUCCAUGGCAAAGCCAACAUUUUUGUGUGGUGAUUGGCAAAGACAAGGGGGAAGGGGGGGGUUUGUGGCUCGAGUUUUAGACACUGAUGGCUCCUGAGAAGAUCGUUUGUCUUGUUGUUGCUGGUUUUAAUAUUUGUAAGGUGAUGAGAACGCUAGAUGUUGAAAACGCAUUUGAUUCAGUAUUCCGCUUUUUAACAGAAUGAAAUAAAUAUGAAGCUUAGGGGUAUUAUUUUAAGCA